AUGGCUGAAAGAAUUCUAGUAUUCCUACUAUUCAUUUUCAGUUAUUCGUUGGUUGCAAUAGCAAGAACAGCAAUUAAUGAUAUCUCAGCUCUGACAGUUAUAAGGAAUGAGUGGCAGAACACACCACCUACUUGGGUGGGCUCCGAUCCUUGUGGUGAAUCUGGUGACAGUUGGGAUGGAAUUUAUUGUACCAAUGGACGUGUUACUUCCAUAUCAUUAGCUAGCACGGGUUUGUCUGGCCAGCUUCCUUCAGAAAUUGGAUCACUGUCUGAAUUGGUGUAUUUGGAUCUGUCUUACAAUACAAAUUUAACCGGAACACUUGUUAGUGAAAUUGGAAACUUGAAAAAGCUGACAAACUUAGCUCUUAUUGGUUGUGGUUUCUAUGGUCCUAUCCCAGAUACAAUAGGAAAUCUACAACGGCUUAAGUUCUUAUCUUUAAAUUCUAAUAGCUUCAGCGGGCCCAUUCCACCUUCAAUUGGUAAUCUGUCAAAUAUCAAUUGGCUAGACUUCUCUCAAAACCAGCUUGAUGGGCCCAUUCCAAUAUCUAAUGGAACUACUCCUGGUCUUGAUUUGUUGGUCAAUGCAGGGCACUUUCAUUUUGGCGGGAAUAUGCUUUCAGACAAUAUUCCUUCUCAGCUUUUUAGCUCGAAAAUGACUCUAAAACAUGUGCUUUUUGAGCACAACAAAUUUACUGGCAGCAUUCCAUCAACACUUGGACUGGUCCAGACUCUGGAGGUGGUGCGUUUAGAUUCUAAUUUUUUAACUGGACCUGUGCCUCUGAACAUUAACAAUCUUACAAACCUUGAGGAUUUGCUCCUGUCCAACAAUCGCCUAUCUGGUCCCAUGCCAAACCUCACUGGAAUGAAUGCCCUUAACAACCUGGAUAUGAGCAAUAAUAGUUUUGAUCCAUCAGAUUUUCCAUCGUGGUUAUCAACUCUACCGUUUCUGACAGCAAUAAUAAUGGAAAAUACGAAACUUCAAGGAGGCAUUCCUGUUUCUUUGUUUGAGCUGGGACAGUUACAGACAGUGGUGCUGAAAAAUAACCUGCUAAAUGGCACUUUAGAUAUUGGUACAGCAAUCAGCAACCAACUGGAACUCAUUGAUCUGCAGGGGAAUUUAAUCGGAAAAUUUGAUCCACAAGUUGAUAUCUCCAAAGUGGAGAUAAUACUUGUGGAUAAUCCAGUUUGCCGAGAAACAGGAAUCGUAAAAUCUUAUUGCUCCACUGGAAAAUCCAAUGAUUCAGAUUUAACACCACUAAAUAACUGUGUGCAUGUUGCUUGCAACUCAUCAGAUCAGAUAUUAAGUCCCAACUGCAAAUGUGCAUACCCAUAUACAGGAACUUUUACUCUCAGAGCUCCUUACUUCUCAGGCUUGGGAAACAGUACUCUCUAUGAAAUCCUGGAUAAAUCUAUGACGAGCAUUUUUCAACUGUAUGAUCAACCUGUGGAUUCAGUUAAUAUAAGCAAUCCAAGGAAGGAUAUAUUUCAGUAUAUUGAUUUGACUUUACAAGUGUUUCCAUCAGGCCAAGAACGUUUCAAUAGAACAGCAAUUUCUAGGGUAGGCCUCAUGCUUAGCAACCAGGAAUAUUCACCUCCCAAAGGUUAUGGUUUUGGACCAUAUUCUUUUAUUGGUGAUGUGUAUGAACACUUUAUAGAUGAUUCAGGUCCUGCGGCAAAUGGUAAAUCUUCAAACAUUGGCAUCAUAGCUGGAGCUGCUGCUGGUGGUGCUGUCCUAGUGGUGUUAUUACUCUUUGCAAGUGUUUAUGGUUUCAGACAAAAGAAAAAUGCAAAAAAAGCAACUGGGAAAAGCAUUUCUUUUGAACAAUGGGAUCCGGAUGAGAGCAAUAGUAGUGUCCCACAGUUAAAAGGAGCAAGGCGCUUCACUUUUGAAGAGAUACAGAACUUCACCAAAAACUUCUCACUAGGCAAUAACAUAGGAUCAGGUGGUUAUGGGAAGGUUUAUAGGGGAACUCUUCCCAAUGGACAACUAAUUGCUGUAAAACGAGCUCAAAAGGAAUCUGUGCAAGGAGGGUUGGAGUUUAAAACUGAGAUUGAACUUCUAUCAAGGGUCCACCAUAAAAAUCUUGUUAGUCUUAUCGGUUUCUGCUUUGAGCAAGGAGAACAAAUGUUGGUCUAUGAGUAUAUUGCAAACGGUACUUUGAAGGAUACUCUUUCAGGGAGAUCAGGAAUUAGAUUGGACUGGAUUAGAAGGCUAAAAAUAGCCCUCGGUGCUGCGAGGGGACUGGAUUAUCUGCAUGAACUUGCCAAUCCUCCUAUCAUACAUAGGGACAUCAAAUCCACUAACAUUUUGCUGGAUGAGCGCUUGAAUGCUAAAGUAUCUGAUUUUGGUCUCUCCAAGCCGUUGGGUGAUGGUGCAAAAGGUUAUAUUACCACUCAAGUCAAAGGAACAAUGGGCUACUUGGACCCGGAGUAUUAUAUGACUCAACAGUUGACUGAGAAAAGUGAUGUUUAUAGCUUUGGAGUGCUAAUGUUGGAGCUGAUAACUGCAAGAAGACCAAUAGAGAGAGGGAAAUACAUUGUUAAAGUGGUUAAGAAUGCUAUUGACAACACAAAGGAAUUCUAUGGUCUUAAGGAAAUUAUUGAUCCAGCUAUUGAUUUGGGGACAACAAUUAGUGGUUUUGAGAAGUUUGUGGAUCUUGCAAUGCAAUGUGUUGAAGAGUCAAGUUCUAGCAGGCCUUCAAUGAAUUAUGCGGUGAAAGAAAUUGAAAACAUGUUGCAAUUGGCUGGUUCAAACCCAAAUGCUGAAUCAGCAUCCACUUCAUCUAGUUAUAAUGUAAGUAAAGGGAGUUCCCUUCACCCUUAUGAUAAUGAAUACUUUGACUCAAGUGUGGUACUUCCACGUCCAUAA